CGAGGUUGAAGCGGCUGCACAUCAACUUGUUGCGCGGUGCUCAUCAUGUUCUCCAAGGCCGGACUCGUGCUCUUCACGACUCUGCUCGCUGCGUUCGCUCCCGCUGAUGCCCUCUGGCCGCUACCCCGCAGCCUGCAGCAGGGCUCAACGGCCUUGACGCUCUCCUGCAGCUUCAACAUUACCAUCGAUGGGACGAUCCCUAAUGCGCCAGCGGACCUGCAGCAGGCCGUCACCCGGACGAUGGGCUACCUCCAGAACGACAAACUCGGCCGGCUUGUCGUCGGGCGCGGUUCGGUUGACGUUGACGCGUACACGAAUGCCUCGUCGCUCUCGACGCUCACGUUGACGCUCGGGCAAGGCGCUGUUGUGAACUCCAUCGCGACCGAGGCGCAGAAGGCCCCUGAGGCGCGCGACGAGGCGUACACGCUCACGGUACCCAGCGACGGCUCGGGCGCAACGCUGUCUGCGAACUCGACCCUUGGGUUGACCCAUGGCUUAACGACGUUCACGCAGCUGUUCUUCUAUCACAACGCAACGACCUACAUGUUAAACGCACCUAUCCAAAUUGACGACUCGCCCGCAUACCCGUACCGAGGCUUCAUGCUCGACACCGCGAGGAACUUCUUCCCUGUCCAGGAUGUCAAGCGCAUGCUUGAUGCGAUGAGCUGGGUUAAGCAAAACAUGUUCCAUUGGCACAUAGUGGAUAGCCAGAGCUUCCCUUUCGAAGUGCCAGGAUACACGGAGCUCGCCCAGAAAGGCGCCUACGACCCGGAAUCAGUAUACAGUGCACAGGAUGUCGCCGACGUCAUAUCGCAUGCGGGUGCUCGCGGCAUUGAUGUCAUGCUCGAGAUUGACACUCCGGGACACACGGCUGCCAUUGCUCAAGCAUUCCCCGAGCACAUUGCAUGCGCUUAUAUGACACCCUGGGCAACUUUCGCGAACGAGCCUCCGGCCGGACAGCUCCGCAUUGCGUCGAACGCGACCAUGAACUUCACCGCCGGUCUGCUUGCGGCGGCAGCGGAGCUUUCUCCAUCGACGCUCUUCAGCACCGGGGGCGACGAGAUCAACAUGCCCUGCUACGCUGCAGACGAGCCGACGCAGGCUGCCCUGAAUGCGACGAACCAGACUUUCGAGCAGGCUCUCAAUACCUUCACGCAGGCGACGCACAGCGCGAUUAUGGCUAAGGGCAAGACGCCCGUCGUUUGGGAAGAGAUGGUGCUUUCGUUCAAUCUCACCCUUUCCAACGACACUAUUGUCUUUGUCUGGAUCUCUUCCGAAGACGCCGCAGCUGUCGCCCAGCAAGGCUUUAGGAUCGUUCAUGCGCCGUCCAACUACUUCUACCUUGACUGCGGCGCCGGAGGCUGGGUCGGCGCCAACCCGUCGGGCAACUCGUGGUGCGACCCCUUCAAGACCUGGCAGUUUGCGUACUCGUUCGACCCUCUCGCGAACCUCACCGACGCCCAGGCGCCGCUCGUUUUGGGCGGCGAGCAGCUCCUCUGGACCGAGCAGUCCGGCCCGCAGAACCUGGACUCCAUCGUCUGGCCACGCGCCGGGGCGUCCGCUGAGGUCUUCUGGACCGGCCCCGGCGGGAACAUCUCGGAGGCCCUGCCGCGGCUGCACGAGGUCAGUUAUCGCAUGCGCCAGCGCGGCAUCAACACGAUCAAUCUCCAGCCCAAGUGGUGCGCUCUGCGUCCAGGUGUAUGUGACUUGACAGCCUAGGCUGGAGAGCUGUAGUUUCGUUCUGGAGACAUUGGACUUUUCAGGGGACAGUCGGUUGUAACCUCACCAGAUUGCUUCGUGCGGCUUCUUCCACAAAAAAUUGGAGCAGAUUUUUGAACAG